AUGGUGCGGGCAGGCGUCUCCCCCACCGCGUCAGCCAUGUCCAGCGUCCUGGUCGCCUGCGCGACGAUGGAGGACGCCCCGGGUGUCGGAGCGAUGCUGCACGGCGUCGCCCUCAAGUGCGGCGUCUGCUGUAGCAGCGUCAUCGUAGGAACAGCGUUGGUGGACAUGUAUGCCAAAUGCCGUGAUGUGUCAGCUGCCCGGCGGGUUCUCGAGGAGAUGGACGAGAAGAACGUGGCUACUUUCACAGCGCUUGUCAGCGGGUUCGCCUCAGCGAGAAAACCUCUUGACGCCAUGGUGCUGGUAAGGGAGAUGCAACAGUACGGGGUAGCACCGAACGUGAUGACGUACAGCAGCCUUCUUGGCUCGUUCGCGAGACCUGAGGACCUAGAUCAUGGCAGGCAAGCGCAUUGCGCAGUGGUAAAGACGGGUCUCGAGCGCAAUCCGUAUGUCUUGUCCACUCUUCUGACCAUGUACUCCAAGUGUGUCAGCUUAGAAGAUUUCAGGAAGGUGCAGACGGCUGUUUCAUGUCAGGACCAGGUAUCACUCAAUUCCGUGAUCUCGGGACUCUCCUCUUUGGGAAGAGGCGACGAGACGUUUCACCAGUUCAUGGCGAUGAGAAGGAAUGGCGCUGACACAGAUGUGUUCACCUUUACCAGCAUGCUCAAGGCUAUAGGUAACUCAUCCUCAUUGCUAGAAGGAAGACAAGUCCAUGCUCUGAUCCUCAAAACAGGACAUGAAUCCGAUGUCAAUGUCCAGAACGGUUUGAUCUCCAUGUACGCCAGACACGGCGAGAUAGGAGAAUCCACUGAUGUUUUCGCCUUCGUUGGAGCGCCCGACCUGGUUUCCUGGAACUCUCUUCUGUCAGGGUAUGCUCAGCAUGGGUAUGGGCAAGAGGUGGUUCAGGUGUUUGAACAGAUGAGGAGACUGAAUGUUCAGCCAGACCACACAACCUUCUUGUUGGUGCUCACAGCUUGCAGCCGCGUCGGUCUGGUCGAUAAAGGGUUAGAGUACUUCAACCUGAUGAAAACUGAUGGGUUUCUCGCAGGGGCAAGGCAAGAGCACUACGCGUGCAUUGUCGAUCUUCUUGGUCGAGCUGGCCAUCUCCAAGAAGCUGAGUCUUUGGUCCAUGACAUGCCCAUAGAACCCGGUGUGUCGGUGUACAGAGCUCUGCUUAGCGCCUGCCAGAUCCACGGCAACCUCGAGAUCGCGAUCCGGGUGUCGGCACACCUUAUCGAGCUCUACCCUCAUGACUCGUCUGCUCAUGUUCAGUUAUCGAAGGCCUUUGCUGGCGAUGGGCACUGGGGUAAUGCCGCUGAAGUCAGGGAGGCCAUGGCUGGGAAAGGGAUAGUGAAGAACCCUGCCUGGAGCUGUGUCGAGAACCAGAUGCAGGUUGCAUAAGAAGGUUGACAUUGCAUGAUUCAUGUUGUUUAGCAAAACAAUUUGCCUUUGCUGGCCUGGAGUGUGACUUAAUGGUCGCUCAUAAAUCUGAUGAACCCCUGAACCGUUUUGGAGAACAGAUAUCUCAUUGCUUGCUGUAUUUAUGCAUAAGGACACAAA